UCUCCGAACAGCUGUUAUGGAGAAAUUUCCAGGGAGAGGAGAGGACCCGGUGAGCUCUUCGACGUCUUCAGUCGCAAUAAUGAUGCUCUGCUGGAGGCUCUGAAGUCUGUGCGCGCCCGUCAGUUUUGGAGUCUUUGAGCAGCGCGCUUCAAUGUGAUACAAGAGGCAGGAUCUGCUGGUUGCAUCGUUACCUUAAGUUUUAAGCUUUCCUUGCGUGCACUUUUUACUCGGGGCCUUCUUCUUUUGAAGCGCAUCUGGGGCUGUUUCACUUUAUACUUUUGUACUGGGGAGAGCGCGCGUAUCGGGCAGAUAUGUUUUUGCACCGUGGAAGUUUAGCAGCCCUGAACCCGCUCUCCUAAAGUCCAGUACUUGCAUUUUUGAUCAUUAUACUUUACCUGAACACUUCAGAGGCUUUAAAUCAUCAAGGGGAAAUGGCCAACGAGCGGAAACCGCGGCUUUGUGUCAUGACAAAAGGGGAGAACGGGUAUGGAUUUCACUUGCAUGGCGAAAAAGGAAAGAGCGGCCAGUUCAUCCGCAAAGUGGAGGCUGGCUCCCCCGCAGAAGCGUCAGGGUUGCGUGCCGGGGACAGAGUGAUUGCAGUGAACGGAAUUAACGUGGAGAAGGAGACGCACCAUCAGGUGGUACAGAGGAUCAAGGCUGUGGACCAAAAGACCAGGCUGCUGGUGGUCGACUCUGAAACCUAUGAAAGUCUGCGCAGCCUGCGCCUCACAGCCACAGAGGAGAUGGCCAUUAUUGGAUCCUCCUCUUCCUCACCACCAGCCUCUCCCUCUCCAGCACCAUCAUCAACGCCAUCUUCCCCCAUCAAGAAGCGGGAGAACGGCUCAGUGUCCAAGCAGCCCAUCACACUGAGCAGCCAGGUGCAGAAGCCCACUAGGAGGUCACCAUCUAAGGCUGCAAAGAAGGAGGCUCUCGCCCAGGCCGAAGAUCAAACCCAGCCCGAGUCCCAGCCGCGGCCCCAGGUCGACCCGUCCGAGCUCGCUCCACGUCUCUGCCACCUGGUGCGGUCGGAUACCUACGGCUACGGCUUCAACCUCCACAGUGAUCGAUCGCGGCCCGGGCAGUACAUUCGCUCCCUGGACCCCGGAUCACCUGCAGACCGUGCUGGGCUUCGGCCACAAGACAGGCUCGUAGAGGUAAAUGGCGUUAACAUCGAGGGCAUGCGGCAUGCAGAGGUGGUGGCCUUCAUCAAGAAAGGGGGAAAUGAGACCUGGCUCUUGGUGGUGGAUCCAGAAACAGAUGAACACUUCAAGAGGAGGGGAGUGAUCCCCAUGGUCAGCCAUGUAAAAGACUAUGACGGCCCGUCCAUUUCCAACGGCUCCCCCAGCCCUCAGAUCAAUGGCAGCUCCACCACACAGUCCAUCAGAUCCACGCACUCCGACCUCAGCAGCCAGGGAAACAGCACGCAGCUGGCAGACGAUGAGGGCGGCCAGCUGUCGGACCCCUUUGCUGAGAUGGGCCUUAGUCUCAGCGCGACAGCGGCAGAAGAGAAGAGGAAGGUCCGUGCCAAAGAAAAGAGGAAGGCCCCACAGAUGGACUGGACGAAGAAACAUGAGCUCUUCAGUAAUUUCUGAGACAUUCUGCUCCAAGAACACAACAGAGACCAAAGGACAGAGCUCUGAAUGGGAGACUUAUCAUCUUGAUAAACAGAUUCUCUUCUUCUUAGACAAAGAACCAAAGUGAUUCUUUGUUUUCUGGGAUUACAUGUGACAAAAGUAAAAGGAUUUUACUUCUUAAGUCAGUUAACAGCUUAACAAUGCUAUAUGACUGCAGACACUAUGUUCAGAAGGGACCUUCUUCCUUACAUGUACUGCUGUUCUUCUGGGGAUAUCGCAGACAAAUAUUCACAAAUUUGCCUUUUUCUCUACUUGAUGAUCCCUACCCUUAGAGACUCCUUUUGACAGCUAUUUUUAUAUUUAAAAAGUAUAAGCAACUAUGAAUAAACAGCAUCCCAUCAUCAUUUGAGAGACUUUAAUGGACACUGUGACAUGAAUGAUUGUGGAUAACGUGGGAGUUUUGUCCCACAGAAGUCACAAGAAGCCCAAAGUUUGACAGAAGAUCACUGUGAAAGAGUUGAGACCCCUCCACCUUCAGCCCAUUGAUCCAAAGUUUGAUUAUAACCACUGAUAAAGACAAGGAUAGUUGGGCAUAGUACAUACAUGUACUUGUACCUUUGAAUUGAUUACUUUGCUUUGUUCAGGAAGAACCCCCUACUUGUUAUUUAACCAUUAGUCAUACUGAGUGCAUCACCACUAACCUCUUUUUUUACAAAGUGCUCCAGUGCACACAUUGCAUUACAACGGGAGGCACCACUAAUAUUAUGAGAAGACGCAUGAGAAGUGAGGGAGCUUCUCAGGGCAAAUAGAGUGAGGGAUGAGUUUGUCGUUGUUGAAGGUUCAAUGUGUACAGCAGGGGGCGAACUCGCACCAAUAAUAGAGACAACACUAAACAGAGUACGUUUGUCCAGACUUCAUUAAUCAUCUCAUAAUGUCCCAGAAACCGUAAAUAAUUCAGAUAAAGUUUAGGAAAAAUAUUCUGGAUGAUCUGAAGAUUUAUUUGUAUAAGGCUGCAGUAAAAAAAAAAAGAGAUUAUUCAGAUUUAAUGUGAAGUAGCCUACACUUUAUGUGCUUACUAUGUUACAUGUUUGACUUUGACUCAAAAGUAAGUUGUUAAAUGUGAAGGCACAAAGCUCAGUAUCAUUUUAUUUUAAGUUGCUGUGGAAGGAAAAAUUAAAUUGCUGGCCAAGUGCUAUUAGUCAGUAUUAAUCACAGUAUUGUUGUUAACAUUAAGUUUAUCAAGUGCACUAGUCCUGAAGGAAGGAAUGGGUCAAUAUUUUGUGGCUUACAUUGCUAUGCAGACGUCUCGAGCCACCCCUCAUUUCUAAGUCGAGAAACAGAGUUUGUACAAUUUUGCUUGAAAGUCAAUAUUAGUCUCCAGUAGAUGGAUCAGCAGAAGAUCCAGAUGCAUCUCUCAGGUCCUGUGUCCUGUGUCUGCUCUUUGCUGGAUUUUUUUUACUUUUUUUUUUUUUUCCUAUUUAUUAAGGGCAUGCCUUACAGAUACUCUUCAUCAGCUGUAGAUAGAUUUUUAGGCCCGCCAAUUCUUCUCGUGUCCUCCACUUUGUCCAGUUUCCUCAAAUUUUUUAACACACUGCACGCCAUACCGAGUUAAGCCAAACUUUUGGCUAAUAGCUCUUUGGGAAUCACCAUGUUGGCGCAAAAUGCUAUUUUAUGCCUGUUAGACUGUGUUAUGGUUAGUAUUUUUUAUAGAUUCAAUUAAAGGAAUGCAAUGUUUUUGUGACAGGCUGCUAAUAACAAAGUGUCUAAAGACACAAUUUUUGUCCUGAGCUCUUUGUGAAGUUGUUUAUUAUGUGUACACACAACAGUGGUUCAUCCCUUCAGUUAGUAGGUGCCUUUUUGUGCUUGAAUGAGUCAUAGCCAGUGUUAGGUGGCUUAACAAAAACAAUGGUCAGUUAUAUGGACUGGACUGAAAAUGAGUGAACAAGCAGCCAAUGUCCAAUGAAAAAAAAUUACAAGAAAAUCUGGCUCCAUGGAAACAAAAUAUAAAGAAAUGAGGGGUGGCUCAAGACUUUUGCACUGCACUGUACAUAUACCUGCUCCCAAAGCUCCAGCUAACAGUACAUUGGACCAGCUUAGCUUGGCUCUGUCCAACAGGAGCAAAAUUCACCUACAAAUUCCACCAAUUAACUCGCGUCAUUUGUUUUGAUAAUUUUUAUUUUUAAGGAGCUUUUGAGACAAACUGGACCAGACAGGAGAGCCAAAAUGCUUUGUUUUUUUGUUUUGUUUUGUUUGAACUGGACACCAUUAGGCUAACUGUUUCCCCCUUUUCCCAUAUCUGUGCUAAGCAAAGUUAGCCAGCUACUCCUGACAGCUUUCUAUUUUAUUUACAGACAGAAGAAUGGCAUUUAUCUUCUCACACUACCACAAAUAAAAUAAGAGUAUUUACCAUAAUAAUGAACUAUUUAAUGUUCAGCUUUUCAAUGUAAGAGUUAGCAUCAGUUCAAGUACUCUUACAGAUUGUAUAUGAAGCUAAAUGUUUAUUGUAUUGUGUAUGUGGCGGCCCUGCUUGACCACUGCAAGAAGAUGACAUGUUGGAGUGACGGUGUCUAUCACUUACAACAUGAGCUGAGUGUAUGGUGGGUUGUAGGUUGGAGGGGGUGUUGGAGAAGCACACAGUGAGGUCAGAGAUGCUCCGGAGGAUCUAGUCGAAGAGACUGUGGGAGCCAUGGAGCUUACUGAGGAUUAUUACACAUACAGGGACAGCUGUCAUACACAUGCUCACACAUGUUUGGUGCGCAAUGUGUGUGGAGGAAGGUAUACAUGCCACAGUCCAAGCAAUGUUGAUAUAAUGUAUUACAGUAAGUGGAUUUCCCUUCUCAUUCACAGCCUCAUUAUUUCCACGCAGCGUCGUGAUUCAUGUUGAGUGUCGGUCUGUGUGCACGCAGCAGGGCUCGCUCUGUGUGUUCUGACAAUCAGAAAAACAAUCUCUUGUUACUGCGACUGAUGUUUGUACAGUAGGAGAAUACGGUAUAUGUGGCAGGAUUCAUUUUUUUCAAUAAAGUGUGACA